AGAACAGAAAAACUGUGUCUACUGGAAGUUUCCCUCUUUAGGUUAUUUAUUAUUUUAUUUAUUUAUCUAUGAAGUUUUCUUUUCCCCGCUUAAUUAUCUUCGUUAGAUCCUCUUGCUUUUAGCACUGGACUAAUUAGUUCACGUUUAACACUGAAAAUCAUUACCGGAUAUUUGGAUUCCACGUUCACUUCUCAGUUCCUGUCCCCAUGGCGAUAGAAAGGCUUUUUAAAGAUGAAGCUACGGAAGAAAAGGGUGAGAGAGCAAGAAUGGCUUCCUUUAUUGGGGCGAUGGCAAUUGCUGACUUGGUGAAGACGACAUUGGGGCCUAAGGGGAUGGAUAAAAUUUUACAGUCAACUGGCAGAGGGCACAGUGUUACAGUUACGAAUGAUGGUGCUACCAUCCUAAAGUCCCUCCAUAUUGACAACCCUGCUGCCAAAGUCCUUGUGGACAUCUCAAAAGUCCAAGAUGAUGAAGUUGGCGAUGGAACAACUUCAGUUGUUGUCUUGGCUGGGGAGCUUUUAAGGGAGGCGGAGAAGCUGGUAAACUCAAAGAUUCAUCCAAUGACAAUUAUUGCAGGAUAUCGUAUGGCAGCUGAAGCUGCUAGGAAAGCUUUGCUGGAAAAGGUUAUGGAUAAUAAACAGGAUGCUGAGAAAUUCAAAGAAGAUUUGUUCAAGAUAGCAAUGACCACUUUGAGUUCCAAAAUUCUAUCACAGGACAAAGAACAUUUUGCAAAACUAACUGUUGAUGCAGUUAUGAGGCUAAAGGGCAGCACAAAUCUGGAGUCAAUUCAGAUCAUUAAGAAACCUGGAGGUUCAUUGAAGGAUUCAUUUUUAGACGAGGGGUAGGCAACUGAACCUUUUUAUCU